AUGCAAAGCAGUUCCGAAAGAGACAUUGAAAGCCGGAGGCCACGGAAAAAGUUCAAGGUUUCGGACCACAGACCACCUAUAGUUCCCCUGAUAAAAGCAGCGUGCCCUGAUUCGGAAGUCAUAAGGAAGAUAGCAUGCCGAAGGACCAAGUGCACUGCUAUUAUCGAGGGCGUGCUGCAAGCGAAGUGCGUGCGCCACUCGUUAGACUUAUGUGCCUCCUACACCUGUAAAAUGCUCUCCAGAGGCAUCGAGGACUUGGCCAACUAUUUCUUGUCAUACAAGGAGGCCGCAGCUUACAAGCACGUGCAACAGCUCCUCGCUGCGCAGCCCCACAAGAUACAGCAUCCUUACCAGACGCACUGGCUGUCCCUUCAUGCUGUGGUUGAAAGGCCUAUAUUGAGCAGUACCCUGCCCUCCUGGCCUUCUUCGAAGGCCAUGGUCAUGUGCACUGCCUCUUAG